CAAUCUUCUCAGCCUUCUUCUUCCUGACUGAUGGCCGACGAUAGCAGAUACAGUAGCAGCUGCCAACCUGACUUUUCCUCUUCUUCUCACAAUCAGCUGGAGAGGUUGCUUGACAUCAGUCAGUCAUUGUACUAGUACUAGUACCCACGAGUUAGAAACAUUGCCUGAAUAGCAUUGCAAACAAACACCAUGGCACACUGCUCCAGUUUCGACGGCCCACCGGUGAGCCAGGUUGCGUCAGCUCAGGAUGUCCAGCAAUGCACGAGGAGAUCGGGACACCGUGCUCCUCCCGUCGCUGAGGGUUGCAUGCGAAUGUCACUCGGAGAGGAAGAGGAUACCAGUACGGGGUCCCAGGAACUUGAGAUUCCCCUUGGAUACUCUCCAGCAAUUCCACUGACUGAUAUGCUGCCCUUGAUGAGGCUCCCACACCUUCGACGACCCCCAGCUGCCAUGCCGCCGCACCGGGUUCCGUUCGCGACGCACGCGGACAUUGUGGCUGCGAUCGACCAGGUUUUGGCAGUUGUAGGCGAUGCUCAGGCGGAGAUGUUCAACCAGGACCAGGCACAAGAGACCCGUCGGGCUCCAUCUUCUGCGCGCCCCUAAGCUUCAAGCCUCAAGUUCUGUUUGCCCGCCUCCUGACUUUCUUUCAUGCAUGACAUCAUGAUGCAAAAUGACCAUGUAUAUAUCGUCCACUAACCACACAUGUACAAUUCAUGGCGAUUGCCUCACUGUUGUCUUCCCUAAAUGGCGGGUUCUACGAGAAAAUGUUGUUGUACAACCUUCUCAUCUAUCCAUGUGAAUGAUUCAAUCAACCUCCUACCUAUACAUACGAGUGGGAGACCCGCUGUUGGUGCAAACUAUUAACCUAUAAUCAAACCUCUUGUUUACCGUC